UUAGUCAGGCCCCCGCAUACCCCCCCCCAAAAAAAAAAAAAAAAAGAAAUCAUGGAAACCUUUCAUCUCUUCACCAUCUUCAAUGCGUUGGUCUUUCUCCAAUUGUUCUUAAAAUCAUAUAGUAAUUUAAUUGACACCAUAACUCCGACACAGUCAAUCACUGAUGGUGUAACUUUAGUUUCCUCAGGACAAACCUUCGAGCUAGGCUUCUUCUCUCCCGGAAGCUCCAAAAACAGGUAUAUUGGGAUAUGGUACAAGGCUACUCCUGAAGUAGUUGUCUGGGUUGCAAACAGAAAUAACCCAAUCAGUCAUUCAUAUGGGGAAUUGAUCAUCACCAACCAGGGAAAUCUUCUUCUUCUUGCCAACCAAACCAGGAGCAUAAUUAUUUGGUCCACAAAUACAUCAAUGGUCGCAAAAAAUCCAGUUGCUCAAAUUUUGGAGUCGGGGAACCUUGUAGUUGGAGACAGAGAUAGCUUAAACUCUGAGGUCUAUGUAUGGCAGAGCUUCGAUUAUCCAACAGACAAUUUUUUAGCAGGAAUGAAGAUUGGAUGGAACUUAAAAACUGGUUUUGAACGACAUCUUACAUCAUGGAAAAGCAAUGAUGACGACGACCCAUCAACUGGGGACUUCACUUGGAGGUUGACCCUCAAGGGUCUUCCUCAACUAUUUAUAAUCAUGGGAACAACCAGGAUCAUCAAGUUCCGGUCAGGACCAUGGAAUGGAGUUCGAUUCAAUGGUAGUCCCAGUACACUAGCCUUUCCUGUUUUCAAAUUCUUUCUUGUAUCUAAUGAGGAUGAGGUAUAUUACAGCUUCAGGUCCAAUGCGGAAUCAGUAAUAACUCGAGUGCAAGUAAACUCUCAUGGUUCAAUGGCACGUCUUACGUUGUAUAACGGGAGCACCCAAUGGUCUAUCAUGUAUGAAGUUCCAUACGAACCCUGCGAUGGAUAUGGAUAUUGUGGGGCUAAUGGUAUUUGUAGGAUUAACACGGAUCCAUUUUGUGAGUGUUUGAAGGGUUUCAGUCCACGGUCUGUUGAAGAAUGGAAAAUGUUGAAUUGGUCAAGUGGGUGUGUGAGGAAGGUUCCAUUGGAUUGCCAGGGACGAGGAGAUGGAUUUCUGAAGCUUGAGGGGGUAAAAUUUCCAGACUUCUUGGAGUUUUUGUCCAACAAGAGUAUGAGCUUGGAGGAAUGCAAGGAGGUAUGCUUGAAAAAUUGUUCCUGUACAGCUUAUGCCAAUUCGGAUCUUGAAAAAGGAAGUGGGUGCAUGAUUUGGUUUGGUGAUCUGGUUGAUGUCAGAGAGUUGAGAAACAAAGUUAGCGAGGAAAAUAUCUAUCUACGAUUGCCUGCUUCAGAAAUUAAAUCAAACGGUGACAUGCAAAGAAAGAGAAGACUAAAGACAGUCAUAAUUGUUUCAAUAAUUAUUUCUAGCAUCUUCUUGUUGGUACUACUCCUGGUAAUGCUCUAUUGUGUGUAUUGGAAAACAAGAAGCAAGAUGAGAGGAACAAGAAUCGAUAAAGAAGAUGAACUAGAAUUACCUUUAUUUGAUUUGGCUACCAUUGCAUCUGCUACAAACAAUUUUUCACCUGAAUAUUUAAUUGGAGCAGGCGGCUUUGGUGAUGUUUACAAGGGGAACCUUAAAACAGGACAAGAAAUAGCAGUAAAAAGACUGUCCAAGAAUUCAGGACAGGGUGCUGAAGAGUUUAGGAAUGAAGUAGAAUUGCUUGCAAAGCUUCAGCAUAGAAAUCUGGUUGCACUUUUUGGCUGCUGUAUUCAAGAAGAAGAAAGGAUGCUAAUCUACGAGUAUAUGCCAAAUGCAAGUUUGGAUCAUUUUAUCUUUGAUAAUGCAAGAAGGAAAAUACUGGGAUGGGAAAAGGAAUUUGAUAUUAUCAUGGGUAUUGCAAGAGGACUUCUCUACCUCCACCGAGAUUCUAAACUUCAGAUUAUUCAUAGGGAUCUCAAAGCAAGCAAUAUUUUACUAGAUGGCAACUUGAAUCCUAAGAUUUCAGACUUUGGCUUAGCAAGGAUCUUUGAAGGUGAUGAAAAAGAAACCAGAACAAAGAGAGUAGUUGGCACAUAUGGAUAUAUGUCUCCGGAGUAUGCAAUUGAUGGGAAGUUUUCAGUAAAGUCCGAUGUCUUCAGUUUUGGUGUUCUUUUGCUAGAGAUUUUGAGCGGAAAAAGAAAUCGAAGGUUCAAUCAUCCAGAUCAUCAUCACAACCUAGUGGGACAUGCAUGGUUGCUGUGGAAUGAAGGCAAAGCCUUAGAUUUAGUAGACCUACAUUUUGAGGACACGUGCAAUGUUGAUUCAGCUCAAGUGCUGAAAUGUGUUCAAGUGGGGCUGUUGUGUGUCCAAAAGUUCCCAUGUGACAGACCAACAAUGUCCUCCAUAGUUUACAUGUUAGAAGACGAUGCAACUUUGCCUCCACCUAAACAGCCUGGUUUUUUCAUGGAAAGGAGCUCAAAAGAGAAUGAGGACACAAUCUCAAGAAACGAAGAACCCUGUUCACUUAAUUCAGUGACUUUGACGAUGGCUAAUGGUAGAUAGAUAGAUGUCUAAAAUCAAAUAUAUAUCAUUGUUUUAUGAAAAAUCUCUAAUGCUGGAUCCUGAACUAAAGUUAAAGUAUAGGAACUGACUCUGACACAAAUUCUCUUAUUAGCACUUAUACGAUGUUUUUGGCUAAGUCUAAUUUGUAUGCAUAUAGAAAUAGAUAGAAGAGCAAGGAUUACUUAGAAAAUAUUAUGCAGUUCCCAUUUAUAUGGUCAGUGAAGUAGUGCUUGUUAUAUGCAGCAUUUACGAGUCAAUACAAGCCAAGUCUUUCAACA